UACAGUUUUUCAAUAUACUUAUUCAUCUCUGAAAUAUGUAUUUAAAUUUAGUAAUUCAAACAGUUAAAUUUUCAUUUCUUUGAAAUAUAUUUUAUGAUAAAUUUAACUAUUACAGAAUUUAAUGAUUUUGGUGCUUUAAGAAAAAAACGUUCAGAAAUUUUUAUGUAUUUUAUUUUAGCUUUUGUCUGGUUACUCUGAGGUGUCAUUUUAUUUAUUGCACAUGUCAACUUUAUUUUAUCGGGUAUGCCAAACUUAAGGUUUCUUUGUUCUCCUGAUAAAUGUUUUUCGAACGUGGGCUUCACAAGAUUUUUGAGGUAAUUUUGUUGUAAAUGUUUUUAUAGCAUCCAUUUGAUUUAGUCCAUGAGUGAUAAGUUCUUUGUUACGGGAUUAACAAUGCCCCUAGAAUUAUUUACCUGGCCAAGUGUUGUUUAAUUAGUUGCGUCACAAAGACUUAUAGAUUAAGUGGACACGCAUUGACCAAAUGUUCUUUUGUAAUCUAAUUCUUUUUUUUGGACAACCAAUAUCUCCAGAAUCAUUUUGAUUGGUUAAAAAGGACAUCUUAGAAAUUUGAUUCAAACAGGUUGCGCGUCCCGGCUGGUCACUUUUCAUCAUUGAAUAAAACCAGCCGGACGUUUGCUUUAUUCCUGCCUUCUUUUAAUCUAUCUAGCCUCAACAAACGGAUACAUCCAUUGGGUUGAGAAGCUGCCCAAGUCUUUGUUUAUAACCAAAAUAACAAGACGAAUAACAAAAGGGUGUGACUGGUGGAGUAGUGGAACGAUCCGAGCUUUUUCCCCAGAUUCCAGAUUCAUCAUAAUAUUAUAUCAUCACUGUUACCAUGCCAGGCCCAUCAAACAUGGAAUUGAGAAGUUCCUCUCAGCAAGGCAGAAUACAGGAGGAACAAUCAGAACAAGGGAUCACUGAAGCCACAGCUUCAGUCAAUGAAGUAGAGGCCCUGCGGAGACAGCUGGAGACCUUAAAAGCAUCCAGAGAUGCAGAGUAUCGCCGGAGAAGAGAAUUGGAGGAGCAAAUUGACAGACAACCUCAACCGGUAGCUACACCAAGGCAGGUUUGGGAGCCAGCACCCAGAAUCCCAGUGCCACAAAUGGACAAAUUUGAUGGCAAUACCCCUGUGUCAGAAUGGUGGACCACAUUUAUGGCCUACAUCGCCCUACAUUCAAUCACCGAGGCCAAAGCCAUAAAACUAUUGCCAUUCUAUUUGAUGGGAAUAGCCCUUCAAUUCUUCACACACUUGGACAGCUUGUCAAAAACCUCACUAACCAGCAUCAGGGAUGCUUUCUUUUCUAGAUUCCGACCGACAGUCCCCAUAAGUCAAGCUUUGAUGCGGGUGAAGCAGGGAGCCGACGAAUCUGUGGAUAAAUACCUAUACCGAGUGAGGAAACUGGCUGCUGACUGCUCAAUGGAAGAGGACAGCAUCACAUACUUCGCUCGAGAGGGUCUUCUUCAGAAGCUGAGGGUAAUAGUGGUCCCACAGAACCCAAAGUCCCUGGAAGACCUCCGAAAAAUGGCAGCCCUUGCAGAGGAAGCUACUGGUAAGGAUACCGACACCCCGCCUACUGACCUAAAGACGGCCCUUGCGGAGGGAAUCAAAAUCGCCCUUGCCAGUGUGGAUGCUGCAGUGGAGACCAAGGUCCGAAACCACUUAGACGAUCAGCUUGCAGAUGUCAAUGGUGUGUUUGCAGGCCAAACCCAACAACGAAGGCCCCAACCAGUCUCAAGGGACAGGGACAACUUCAGACAGACUAACAGGAGCAGAGAGCCAGGACCUUGCUUCAGAUGUGGGGGGUCUCUCUCAUCAAUCUGGUACCAACUCCUGCCUCUCAUCAGUCUUUUCAUGCUAUCCCUAAUCCCAGUAGCAGUUGCAACAAACAAAGAAGUUGAGUUUAGUCCAGUGGGAGACAACAUUCAUCGCCUCAACUAUGGAGUAAUCUUUAAGAAGGACUCAACUCUAGUUUUGUCACAAGAAUAUUGGACCCACACCUUUCACCUACAGCUACCCAAUUCUAUUAAGCCCACCAAUGUCUCAACUAGGUGCAAUCGUAAUGAGUCUCACUGUUACAAAUGGAAUGAUUUAGUUAGUGUUUUUCAAACUCUGCAUGUUGAAACUCAAAGUCAUGUCAAGGAAGUUGUGAAAACUAUUAGGUCUUUAAUUCCUCAAACUAAUUUUCCAACAAAAUCUUCAAAAAAAUCCCCAAGAGCAUUUUUGCCCUUUAUUGGCUCUCUAUCAAGAAGUCUAUUUGGAACAGCCACUAUAGAAGAUGUUCAGUUAUUAGCCCGACAUGUCAAUGCUCUUAAUGCACGCACUACUAAAUUUGAACUUGCUAUGCAACAAUAUGAUGCACAUCUGUCUUCUUUCAUAUCCAUUGUUAAUAAUCGCACUACUAACUUGCUUAAAGGAAUUCAGUUGAAUACUAAAGUUAUUAACAACAUUGCUGCUGCAGUUGAUGCUAAAUUUGUUCAAAUGGAGCAUGCCAUGACUAAUGUGUCAUCUCUUUUGAUUCAACAAAUAAAUGAGGCAAAUGUAUUGAGAAGCAAUUUGGACAAUUUACAAUCUGCAAUUCAAAAUUUAAUUGAAGGAAAGUUAUCUCCCUUUCUUAUUCCAAAACAAAAAUUGAAAUCAGUUAUACAAGAUAUUUCAAAAAUGCUCAGAACUUCACACAAAGGAUUCUACCUAACUCAUACUAAUCCCACGUACUAUUACUCACAUGGUAAAUUCCUCUACGCACGAAAUAAUAAGCAUGUCUACCUAUCUGUUAAAUUUCCCAUUUCCACUCACAAGGCCCCAAUGCAACUUUACGAAGUUACCUCCCUUCCUGUUCCUAUUAAUAUUUCCUCAUCACAUGCUACCCAACUUCUUAACAUGCCAAAAUACUUUGCAAUUACCAAGCACCAUGACUACUAUCUCAACCUUAAAUCUGAUGUUUUACUUAACUGUGUGCAUGCAGGUCCCACUAUCCUUUGUGAUCAUAACUUACCAUUGAAACCUAUAACCACAACCAACAUGAGUGAGUUUUAUCUUUUUAUGGGCAUUAAUUGA